AUGACUCCUCCAAGGUAUUUGGAGGCCGCAAAGAAGGCUUGCAAGCGAAGGAACGAUGCUAUCGCGGCUGUUUAUCAGCCUCCAGAGUGGGAUGAGUCAAAACUGCCAUCGAAUCUGACUGAAUACUCCCUGAACUCGGGAUAUUAUACUCCAGCAGAGCUUCAAAUCAUUCAGACAUCGGCUAGGGAUAUUCUGGCCAACGUUGCGCAGAGGAAAUGGACUUCCCUAGCGGUGACGCAGGCAUUUUGCAAAGCAGCUGCGCUCGCUCAGAAACUGACGAACUGCUUGACAGAAGUCCUCUUCGAAGAAGCCCUUGAGCGGGCGAGGGGUCUAGACGAGCACCUGGAGCUGACCGGACGCACGGUUGGCCCUCUCCAUGGCCUUCCAAUUUCUCUGAAAGAUUGCUUCAUCAUUGCACCUUACCCAGCUUCCAUCGGACUGGCCGCCCUGGCAAACAAACCUCAGAGUGACGAUACGGUUCUGGUAUUGAUGCUCCGCGAGCUGGGCGCUGUCCUCUACGCAAAAACCAACGUCCCCACAAGCAUGCUCAUGACAGAGACGACGAACUGCAUCUGGGGCGAGUGUCGCAACCCGCUCCAGAAACGCCUCAGUCCUGGAGGAUCCAGUGGAGGGGAAGCGGCGUUGAUCGCGUUCCACGGCUCGCCGCUUGGGGUCGGGACUGACUUGGGUGGUAGCAUCCGCACACCCGCAGCCUGGUGUCAUUUGUAUGGACUCAAGCCCUCCGUCGGUCGAUUUCCGUCAUGGGGAGGCAUGAGCGGGAUCCCUGGACAGGAAUUUGUCCCUGCUGUGAGCGGUCCCAUGGCCAGAGAACUCGACUCUCUGCGGCUUUUUUGUGAGACAAUUUUAUCUCCGGCUACGGCGCCCUGGCGAAAAGAUCCGAAAUGUCUUCCGAUGCCGUGGAAAGGAAAUGUGCUGCAACAGGGAACGAAGCUUCGGUUUGGGUUGAUUGGGACACAUGAUGGUGUUGUCCAUUGUCACCCCCCUGUCGAAAGGGCUCUGGGUUUGGUUAAAACAGUCUUGGAGGCUCAAGGACAUGAAAUAGUCGACUGGCCCGUGGAUGAUCACGGCGAGAUUCUCAGAACUCUCCAACUGGGGCUGUCCACACUGAGUGGCACAACAGUGGCUGAUAUGCUCGAGGAAUGGGAUGAGCCGUUGCUUCCUUCCAUGAGCAGUUUCAAAGCCUCGCCCGAGCGCAAAACAGUGCAGGUUAUGGCCGUGGGCUCCAACAAUUUGAAAAAGGGAGAGUUGCAAAAGUUGUACCUCGACCGCAUGGCUUCGAUCGACUGCGUCAUUCAAGCCGUUUCCCCCUUUGCUGCGGCACGGCUGAGUGCUACGCAGGAGAGGUUCUACGUCGGAUAUACGGCUGUCUGGAACUUACUAGAUCUUCCAGCUUGCACAUUUCCAGUGACGACAGCCGACAGAGAUCUGGACAAGGCUCGGGAUCUGUCCGAUUUCCAAUGUCUCAACGAACUGGACGCCAAGGUCCAAGCAGAGUAUGACCCGGACAUCUACCACGGUGCCCCUGUCUCACUGCAGAUCGUGGGGAGGCGUUUAGAAGAGGAAAUGGUCUUGGACAUGGUGGAGGUUGUUGCAAAAGCUCUGGAACAACAACGCUGA